GGAGCCUUUUACUGCGUAAAUUCUCGCCAUUUCCCCUCCCAGCGCCAUUGUCUGUUUCAGUGCAGUGGCAUAAUGCCCCUACGGAGCAGUACAAAACACUGACACCUUCGCGCUGACCGACUGACUGACAAGCAUCCUAUCCAUCCAACAAUGGCUCCGGCUCCGCCGCCGCUGCAGCUCCUAGCACUAGCAGCCGCCGCCCUCUUCCUCCUCGCCGGCGCCGCUGCCUCACUCGCGGCAUCCGUGGUGUUCCCCAAGGAAGCGCUGCCGACGAGCUCCGGCUACCUCUCAAUCACCGCAGCGGCAGGGGGCACCAACGCGUCGCUCUUCUACGCCUACUACGAGGCCACAGCUCCGGUAACCCCGCUCCCUUCCACGCCGCUGCUCCUCUGGCUGCAAGGCGGGCCGGGCUGCUCGGGCCUCAUCGGCAACUUCUUCGAGCUCGGCCCAUACCUCCUCGUCUCCUCCUCCCCCAACUCCGGUACCGGCAAUUCCUCGUCCCUGUCCCGCAACCCCUUCGCCUGGAACCGCCGCUUCGGGCUGCUCUUCAUCGACAACCCGCUCGGCACCGGCUUCAGCGCGGCGCCGUCCCCCGCCGCCAUCCCCACCAACCAGUCCUCCAUCGCCGCGCAACUCCUCGCCGCGCUGCAGUCCUUCUUCGCCCUCAGCCCGCCUUCGUUUCGCGCCCGCCCCUUCUUCCUCACCGGCGAGAGCUACGCCGGGAAGUACAUCCCGUCCGCCGCCGCCCACAUCCUCGCGGAAAACAGAGCCCUCCCGGUGCUCCAGCGGGUGAAUCUCCAGGGCGCCGCCAUCGGCAACGGGCUGACCCACCCGGUCGCCCAGGUCGCCACGCACGCCGAUUCGGCCUUCUUCUCCGGGCUCAUCAACGGGAAACAGCGGCGGGAGCUGGAAGCGCUGCAGAAGUCCGCGGUGGAGCUCGCGGUGGCCGGGAGAUGGAGCGAGGCGUCGGACGCGAGAGGGAAGGUGCUCUCGUGGCUGCAGAACGCCACGGGGCUCGCGACCCUGUACGACGCGUCGAAGCAGAAGCCCUACGCGACGGCAGCCGUGGCGCCGUUCCUGAACGCCGCGGAGACGAAGGCGGUGCUGGGGGCGGGCGCGGGGGUUGUCUGGGAGGAGUGCAACGGCGCCGUGGGGAAGGCGAUGCACGCCGACGUGAUGAAGAGCGUCAAGCCGGAGGUGGAGACGAUGCUGAGGGAGACUCAGAGCUCGAUGCGCGUGCUGCUGUACCAGGGGAUCCGGGACCUGAGGGACGGCGUGGUGACGACGGAGGCGUGGCUGGCGGAGCUCGACUGGGCCGGGCUGCGCGCGUUCCAGGAGGCCCAGAGGGCCGUGUGGCGGAUUCCCGGCGCCGGAGACGGGGAAGACGAGCUGGGAGGGUAUGUCCAGAGGUCGGGCAAGCUGACGCACGUGGUGGUGUUCGGCGCGGGGCAUCUCGUGCCGGCGGACAACGGCCGCGCGGCGCGGGCGAUGAUCGAGGGCUGGGUGAUGCAGAAAGGGGUCUUCGCCGGAACCCGCAACGGCGUCCGGCGCGCGGCCUGAAUGCCGGUGCCGAUGCCGAUUUGGCAAAGCCUGCGGAGUUCCUUUGCUGUGUCCGAAAGUUUGCUUGUAAUAAUAAGGGAAGUUUUUGUCCUGUGUGAUUUGAAAAGGAUUGUUGUUGUUUACGGAGGGAAACGCUGGCCUCUUCAAUCCUGGCAAGUUUCUAAACGUAUCGUUCACAGAGGAGACUAUAAAAAGUAA